UUCAUUCCGUCAGCACCUGUCAGCGGCUGGUCGAGACUCCACACACACGGCUGGUGUAGUACCUCACCGGAUCUCGACAGAGCUGUGCGCGGCGUGUAUGCCUGGGGAAAAGGGGAACAGUAGAGCGAAUGAAGGAUGAUAAUGGGGAUGGAGUAUCUCACCCGGCGUUUUGCGUUCUCGCGUCGGAGCAGUAAUGCGGUAUGUCAGCAGCAACAGCAUUGGGAAAGGUUGUGUGGCCACCACAUUGUCGCCGGGCCCCGCAUCGAGUGCACGCAUCUCAUGAUUCGGCUCCUCAGCGGCCCCUGCGUGUCCCGGAGGACGCCACAGAGGGAAGAGCCAGACAAGUACACGUCGCUGGACGCCAUACCACGGAGACUAGCCGAAGCACAAGACCCACGAAUGGGCAGUCCUUGGAUGAUUUUUCCCGAGACCCACAGGGCUGGGUCUGCACCGAAGCUCUCGGAGUUCCGUCUUACGCCCGAAGGCAGCGAGAGGCACUCCUUGAGGCGACGACACCUGCUCCACCGGCCCACUAGGCCAGAGCAACGAACAUGCUGCCGUCCGCAGACGACAACAAUGAGGCGUACCACGCAGCUUCGCGCUUCUCUGACUCUUCUGCUCCAGCCUCAUAUCCCUCCCGACACGACGAGAACGGGGCCACUCAGCUGCUGUAUGGACCGAUGACGAGUGAGAUCGACAUGUCCAAGACUGUGAGCCACGGAGAAGAUGCCAAGCUGAGCGAAGUGGGCGUCAGUGAACGUUUCUGCACACGUCGAAGUGGGAGGUGGACAGCGGACGAGAGCAAGAGAUCGGGACGAGAAGAGACGGGACGAGUACCACGGGUCUCUGAGGCGUCACAUCCUACCACAGGACUGAAGUGUCUCCCUUUGCAGGGGUCCCUCGCGGGACGCGACAACGACAACUGA